GUAUAUAAGAUUUAGUUUUCUCUAUACAAUUUUUCGACUUUGCUCUUUUUUUGAACAUAAUACGAUUUAGUUUCCUCUGCAAUUUUUAUCUCGUUCAGUCUUAAGAUGUGAACGUGUGAUUGUUCACGUGAGUCGCUAGACGGGAACUCUUUUCAGUUGAUUUCGUAUCGUGUUUGAAGAAUGUGCGGUGAGACCGUCGGCGGACGUCUGUUUAUAAAGCUUGUAUAAGUUGUGAUUAAUGUAUAUGAGUAUUUAAUAGUAAUUGAAUAUAAUUUCAUGGAUUGAUAGAUAUUAUAGAUCGAAAUUUUGGUUUAUAAUUUUAUAUGAUUUAAAUGUUCAAGUGCAGACUCAUAAUAAAUAAGAGUGUAGACAUUGGUUGCUAUAUGUGGUGCUAGUGCAUUUGUUUAUUUUUAGACUUCACAUUUUGCAGUCAUGUAAUUAUUCUGAAUCUAUAAUGUCGCAAAGGGAUACCGCUAUACAUCUUGUUGCUGGCGGAAUUGCUGGCACCGCAGGGGCUGUAGUUACAUGUCCUCUAGAAGUAGUGAAGACGAGACUGCAAUCUUCGAAGGGAGUAGGCAUUCCUCCGACACCACCAUCUGGAGCCUCUAACUCCAAAAGAGUUUGUUCUAAGAUUCCCAAACAUCAGGAGGCUAAAUGGGGCUACAGACGUACGAUGGGCGCUAUGUUCGCCUACAGCAGACAAGCCGAUCGAAUGCUGAUGUCCUACAAUUGUCAGGUGCAGCAGUACGCGAGGGCGGGCCACGCCAGGACCACAUCCAGGAUGACCCUCAUACAGUGCCUCAGACAUAUCGUACAGAAUGAAGGCGCUCGGGCGCUUUUCAAGGGUCUGGGUCCAAAUAUCGUAGGCGUGGCGCCCUCUAGAGCUAUUUACUUCUGCACUUAUUCGCAAGCGAAAGCCAUCUUCAAUCAGCACCUGCCGCCGGACACUCCAAUAGUCCACCUGUCAGCAGCCAGUGCAGCAGGUUUUGUGUCCUGUACCAUGACUAACCCCAUCUGGUUUGUGAAGACACGCCUCCAGCUCGACGGGCAGUCGGUGACGGCGUGGCAGUGCAUCAAAAAAAUAUACGACAAAACGGGUGUUCGAGGUUUCUACAAGGGUAUAACAGCAUCGUACAUGGGCAUAAGCGAGACGGUGGUCCACUUCGUACUGUACGAAGGUGUGAAGGCCCGUCUGAUGGCGGCCCGGGCCAACGACGGCACUCCUCCCGACACGCGCUCACCGAGGGACUUCCUGGAGUUCAUGGCGGCGGGGGCCUUCUCGAAAACUGUAGCAUCCUGUAUUGCGUACCCGCACGAGGUGGCCAGGACCCGUCUCCGUGAGGAAGGUGACAAGUAUAGGAAGUUCUGGCAGACGCUGCAUACUGUGUGGUUGGAAGAAGGCUAUAGAGGGGUGUACAGAGGUCUCGGAACGCAGUUGGUCAGACAAAUACCGAACACAGCUAUCAUGAUGUCUACAUACGAGGCGGUGGUGUACUUACUGACGACACACUUCAAUAGUUCCUUCUACGAGAACACUUAGACCGGACGUCUUCUACUCCUGUGAUUCCCUUAGAAAGGCCCGAGGGCUCAACUAGAAAAGGCCGAGCAAAGCCGUGGAACAUCGCCAAACUCGAUCCGAAAUUAGAAUAAUACAGCUGCUAUAUUAGUUGAAAAUUUGUGUCAAAUAAAAAAAACAAAAAGUAGAUAGAUGGCUCUGUCUCUAUGUCCACAGUGUUAAUAUCUAACUUCUCUUAUUGAAUAUUAUAAAUUUGUUAAAAACAAACAUUUAAAAUGUAAUGACCUUAAUUUCCCGUAAAGUCCAAGAUUCUAAGCUAUCAUUUCAAAAAGAUUAGUACAUAUUUGUGUUUCAUUAUAUUCGUAUAGUUUAAUGAGUUAAAUUUUGUCAUGUAAAUAUUUAUAGGAAGUUAAUUUUUAUAUAUAUAUUUGGUUGUGUGUAAAAUGCAUCGAUACUUAAAUGUUGCGCAGUUCGUUACUGGCGGAGUAGCUGAAAUCAUUAAAACUUUGGGAUAUUUAAUAGUAUAAUAAAAUUUUAAAGUUACAAAAAUAAAUAAAUUUUAGUAAGCUUGUAGUCACAUCUAGUCCUAAUUUUCAAUAAAUAUUCACAUCAAAUUUUAUUAAAAGUCAGAUUUAUGUAAGUUGGUGGUUGGUCCUUUAUUACCGCUUGCAACAGUGUUUUUUUUUAUUUUUACUUUUGUUUCAAAACUAUUUUUCAAUUCUUAUUAUAACGCCAGCGUACAACAGAUAAAUAUAAUUUUUAUUCGUUUUCUAAGCACGUACUUUAAACCUUUUUUUGGUUUGUUUAUGAAAAAAAAAAUUGUAUGUAUAUUGUGUUUUAUUGUAUAUGGCAAUGUUUUUAUAGAACGAGAAUAAACAUCGAGGGCCCACAAAAGUUUUGAUAGUGAUCAUUUCGUUUAUGAUCCCGCAGUUUUAUACACAUUAUAAAAAUGCGAGCUGUGAUAUAGUGCUUGUAAAUAUAUGUUGUUUUAUAUCACGGGCUCCCGAUAUUAGAAAUUUAAUAUUCACUUGCAAUGGCGGACUUGAAAAACGCGGGAAAUGUCAAAUAUAUAUUAUAAAUGUCAAAUUGUUAAACAAAGUCGAAAAUAUUUUGAUAUUAUAUAAUUCUUAGUUUUAGUCUACUAAUCAGUACAUGAAGCAUGUAGUUAUUAUGAUGUUGGUUAUUACUAAGGACUGGAAAAUAUUCGUGGUUGUAUAUUUAUUAAGGAAAGAUUUGGACAUAUGUCAGACUGAGUAUAAAAAACCAAUUAUGUGUUUAUUAAAAAUAAAUGUUCAAAAAUA